CCCCGGCUCGCGCUCUUCCCCGCAGCGUCCGUUGCUCGGUUGCCCGGGGAGACACUGCGGGUGGGAGGGGCCCGAGGGGCGAGUCGGAGCGGCGCGUGCGGGGCAGGGCGCCUUUGGUGAACGAUGAGUGCUCGCCGCCGCGGCGCGCCCGGUGACAAAAAGCAGCGCAAAAGUGCUGCGCGGAGACCCUCCUUGGUAUCGGAUAGUGAAGUGGGUCUGCUGGCACCGCCCCCGGAGGAGACUGGAGGCAGUCCUCUUGGACCUUGCGAUGGCGGGGGAGAAGGUGAGGCAGACGUGGUUGCAGUCACCAUCCCAGAGGAAAAAGAGGUGGAUCUGAAACCCUGCAUCCGAAGCCGGGUGGUCCUGAGUGGCCUAAGGGAUGACAUGUGGACAGAAGAGCAUGCUGCAACCCUGGAUCUCUUUCUGAAGGAUGUCAGUAAGCAAUUGCUCGUCGUCUACAUAGAUGAGUUUGCCGGACUGAAGGUUGAGCAGAAUAUGCCACAUCAGGAGCAGAAACAGCUCACCUACUUCAUCCGCCAUGAGAAUGCCGAGAUCACCGCCGAGAAUUUCCAGAAGACAGUGCAAUUUGGCACCGUCCGGAGACCCUACAUUGAUUCCCUUGUGCGAAUUCUCAAUAGCGUCUUCCUCCCCCGCCUCUUCCACAACACCAAUUGGCCCGAGAGCAUCAAGAACGAAUUCUUCUCGGAAAUAUACCACUUCAUGACCUCUCUCACAGAUACCCGUUCGAAAAUGAAGGGCCGCACGGUGCUCUACAUCCCCAUUGAAGCCCUGAGCAUGAAGCCUGAAGUGGUAGUGAAGGACAAAGCACUGGUUCAGAGACUGGAAACUUCCAUGAUCCACUGGACGCGGCAGAUCAAGGAGGUGCUGCGAGCGCAGGAGGCGGUGGAGAGCAGGGAGAGCACGGGGCCGUUGGAGGAGAUUGAGUUCUGGACGAACCGCUGCACCGACCUGUCUGAGAUCAGCAAACAGCUAUGCAGGCAGGGAGUGACGCACAUCGAGUCCAUCCUGGUGCUCUCCAAGUCCUCCUAUGUGGCACCCUUCCAGAGGCUUGCCAGACAGAUACAGGACGGGUCUGAGCAAGCGCAGUCGAACCUCCGCUUCCUUUCCAUCCUGAAAGAGCCGUUCCAGGAGCUGUCCACGCUGCGGCCCAAAGACAUCCCUGACAAGCUGCCCCGCCUCGUCAGCCUCGUCCGCAUCAUAUGGGUCAACUCCCCAUACUACAAUACCAGAGAGAGAAUCACAGCCCUCUUCCGAAAGAUGAGCAACAAAAUUAUCCUGAUGUGUUGCCAAGACAUUUCCCUGGACCGGAUUUUUGAGGGUUACGUGGUAUCCAGCAGACAGUCGCUCCAUGACUGUAUCUCAUGUAUGAACGCCUGGAAGGAUUGUUACCUGUACGCAGCUCAGAUGCACAACAGGCUUUCCGGGAAAGGCUGGGUCCUGGACCAGACGAGCAUCUUCGCUCAAGUGGACGCCUUCGUUCAGCGCUGCAAAGACCUCCUGGAGGUUUGCGACUGCCAGCAGCACUUCGCCCGCUGGGAGGACGGGAAGCAGACCCCGCUGCCCUGUUUCUUUGGGCACCGGGGUCCCCAGAUGACCCGGAACCUGCUGGAGAUAGAGGAGACCUUUCAGAAGCACCUGCACACCCUGCGGAACAUGAAGGGGGGGAUCCUGGACGUGAAGAACACGUUCUGGCACGAGGAUUUUAACCGGUUCCGCUCUGGCGUCAAAGACCUGGAGGUGAUGACCCAAAACCUGAUCACCUCGGCCUUCGAGACGGUGCGGGACGUGGAGCAUGGCGUGGAGAUCCAGGACAUCUUCCACCACCUCUCCGCACGAGAGGCCAUCAAGCGCACCUUUGACAAGAAAGCCGUGGACGUCUACAUGCUGUUCAACCGAGAGCUCUCCCUGGUCAACAAGGAGCUGAGCAAGAAGCUACCGUUCCUGCCGCCGCACAUGUGCCAUUAUUCAGGCCUGGCGCACUGGCUGCGGGCUCUGCGCCGGCGCAUCGACAGACCCCUAAAGUGUCUUUCCAAUGCCCACUUCUUGCCCCACAUUGGGACCGGGGAGGAGAGCUUUCAGGCCUACCAGCUGCUUGUCCAGGCCAUGGAUGAGAUUGAGAGGAAGACCUUCCAGGAGUGGGCGCAGACCCUGGACAAAGACAGCCUGAAACGCCUGGACACCCCGCUCCUGAUCCCCAGCGCCGAGAAGAGCGGCAUGCUGGACAUUAAUUUUGACAAGGACUUGUUGAAAUUAUUUGUGGAAAUCCAUUACUGGGAGCGGCUGCUCUUCGAGAUCCCCCACUAUGUGGUGGAAGUUUACGACCGGAAGGAGGAUCUGCGCAACCUCCGCGAGAACCUGCUCCUGGUUGCCCGGGACUAUAACAGGAUCAUUGCGAUGCUGUCCCCGGAGGAGAGGGCCUUGUUCAAGGAGCGGAUCCGAUACCUGGACAAGAAGAUCCAGCCCGGCUUGAAGAAGCUGCACUGGUCGCUGAAAGGGGCCAGCACGGCCUUCAUCAGUGAGUGCCGACUGCACGCCAGCAAGGUGCAGACCAUUGUGAACGAAUACAAGGCAGCCACCCUCACCAUCGCUCGCAGUGCCCAGCAGAUCAGCGAGGCGCUGCUGGUGCGGAUCACCGGCAAGCGGGUCUACAAUGACUUGGAGUUUGAGGAGGACCAGAAGGAGCACCGGGCCUGGGUGCAGCAGAAGCUGAUGGGUAUCCACGAGGAGGUCAUCAACAUCAUGCGGCAAACCUAUGAAGUCUUCAAACACGAUAGCGCCGAGGUGCAGCAGUACUGGAUGGCCUACACCGUCAAGAUGAACAGAAUGAUGGAAGAGGCCUUCAGGCUCAACGUCAAAUGGUCCCUACUGGAACUCUCCAAGGCCAUCAAUGGAGAUGGUAAGACCACGCCUAAUCCCCUGUUCAGGGUCAAGGUGAUCCUACAGGACAACUACCCGGCACCAUCUGCACAGGUGGAGUUUUCCCCAACUCUGGCCCAGCUCGCGAAUAUGGUCAAUGACAUCAGCAGCCACCUCAUCACCAGCAUCUCCGUCUUCCGCCACCUGCCAGAGAUCCUGACCAAACGCAAAUUCCACCGCGAUCCCAUCUCGGUCCUCGUGGAGCGUGAUGAGGAUAUCAAGAAAAUCCAGGCACUGAUCAGUGGGGGCAUGCAAGCAAAUGCCACGCACCUCCAGGCGUACCUGAAGACCUGGGAUGUCUACCGGGAGAUCUGGGAGGUCAACAAGGACUCCUUCAUUAACCGCUACCGGCACCUCAACCCACUUGUGUCUUCCUUCGAUGCAGACACUGCUCGGUACAUGGAGGUGGCCAACAACGUGCAGAAGGAGGAGACGGUGCUGAACAUCCAGUUCGUGAUGCUCGACUGCUCCCACCUCAAGUUCUCCGUGGUCCAGCACUGCAACGAGUGGCAGAACAAGCUCACCAACCUGCUGAACGAGAUGGCCAGUACCCAGCUGCAGGAGCUGUACGCCUACCUCCAGGAGAAUGCCAAGAAAGUCAGCCGGCCACCACAGACGCUGGAGGAACUGGGCCAAAGCCUGCAGCUCCUGGACACCCUGCAGCACGAGCUGCCGAAGCUAGAGGGGCAGAUCCCGCCCAUCCACGAGCAGUUUGCCAUCCUGGAGAAGUACGAAGUGGCCGUGGAUGAGGGGGUGCUGCAGACGCUAGGAGCGCUCAACUCGGAGUGGCUGUCCUUCCAGCAGUGCAUCCUGGAGAGCGAUGUCAUGCUAAAGAAACACAAGGAGAAAUUCAAGACGGGCCUGAUCCAUUCUGCGGACGAUUUCAAGAAAAAGGCCCAGAUCCUUCUGCAGGAUUUUGGCACCAAAGGUCCGUUCACCUGUGCUGUGAGCUGCGAGACGGCCCUGGAGCAGAUCGCGGCGAUGCGGCAGCUGCUGGCCACCAUGAAGGAUGAGGAGAGCACCCUGCGCUCCAACCUGGGCAUCUUCAAAAUUGAACAGCCUGCUUCCAAAGACCUGCAGAAGCUCGAGAAGGAGCUGGACUACCUGCAGCAGGUGUGGGAGAUCACCAAAGAGUGGGAAGACCACUGGAACGAGUGGAAGACAGGCAGCUUCAAGACCCUGCAAACGGAGGUGAUGGAGACCACGGCUUAUGGGCUCUUCCGGAAGCUCAACAAGCUGAGCCGGGAGCUCAAGGAUCGGGACUGGGAAAUUAUCGAGACUUCCAAGGCAAAGGUCGAGCAGUUUAAGAGGACGAUGCCCCUGAUCUCAGACCUCAGGAACCCGGCCUUGCGGGAGAGGCAUUGGGAUCAGGUGAAGGACUUGGUCCUCAGGACGUUUGACCAGGAUGCUGAAGAUUUCAGGCUGGAGAAUAUUGUGGAGCUUGGCCUGGAUCAACACGUGGAGAAAAUCAGUGAGAUCUCUGCGUCAGCCUCCAAGGAGCUGUCUAUCGAGCUGGCCCUGCAAGCCAUCGCCAAGACCUGGGAUGUCGUGCUGCUAGAUAUUGUGCCGUACAAGGACAAGGGACACCACCGCCUUAGGGGGACGGACGAGGUGUUCCAGGCGCUGGAGGAUAACCAGGUCUCCCUCUCCACCAUGAAGGCCUCGCGCUUCGUCAAGCCCUUUGAGAAGGAGGUGGACCGCUGGGAGCGCUGCCUCUCGCUUAUCCUGGAGGUGAUCGAGAUGGUGCUGACCGUGCAGAGGCAGUGGAUGUACCUGGAGAACAUCUUCCUGGGAGAAGACAUCCGGAAGCAGCUGCCCCAGGAGUCGGCCUCCUUCGAUCAGAUCAACGCCAGCUGGAAGACCAUCAUGGACAGACUGAACAAGGAUAACAACGCGCUGCGCGGGACGCAUUUCCCAGGCCUCCUGGACAAGCUGGUGGAGAUGAACAGUGCCCUGGAGGAGAUCCAGAAAUCCCUGGACAUGUACCUGGAGACCAAGCGCCACAUCUUCCCCCGCUUCUACUUCCUGUCCAACGACGACCUGCUGGAGAUCCUGGGCCAGUCGCGCAAUCCCGAGGCCAUCCAGCCCCACCUUAAGAAGUGCUUUGACAACAUCAAGUCCCUCAAAAUCCAGAAGGUGGGAAUGGGCAACAAGUCCGAAGCCGUGGGCAUGUACUCCUUGGACGGGGAGUACGUGGAGUUCGCCCACUCAGUGCUGCUGGAAGGGCCCGUGGAGGAGUGGCUGUGUGACGUGGAGCGGGCCAUGCGCCUGACCCUGAAGGAGCUGCUGAGGAACUGCCGCCUGGCCCUGAAGAAGAUGCUGACGAAAAGGGACAAGUGGGUGAAGGAGUGGGCCGGACAGAUGGUGAUCACUGCCAGCCAGAUCCAGUGGACGAUGGACGUCACCAAGUGCCUGGCCAACUGCAAGGAGCGAGGUGACAAGAAAUUCCUCAAGGUCAUGAAGAAGAAGCAGGUGUCCCUGCUGAAUAAAUACUCGGAGGCCAUCCGGGGCAGCCUGACCAAGAUCAUGCGCCUGAAGAUCGUCGCGCUGGUGACGGUGGAAAUCCAUGCACGGGACGUCAUAGAAAAGCUCUACAAGAGCAGCUUGAUAGACGUGACGUCCUUCGAGUGGCUAAGUCAGCUCCGCCUCUACUGGGACAAGGAUCUGGACGACUGUGUCAUCAGGCAAACCAACACCCAGUUCCCCUACGGCUACGAGUACCUGGGGAACUCCGGACGCUUGGUCAUCACGCCGCUCACCGACAGGUGCUACAUCACUCUGACCACAGCCCUCCACCUCCACCGGGGAGGGUCUCCCAAAGGCCCUGCCGGCACAGGGAAAACGGAGACUGUGAAAGACCUGGGCAAAGCCCUGGGCAUGUAUGUGAUUGUAGUGAACUGCUCUGAAGGCCUGGACUAUAAAUCCAUGGGGCGCAUGUACUCGGGCCUGGCUCAGACAGGAGCCUGGGGCUGCUUUGACGAGUUCAACCGCAUCAACAUUGAGGUGCUGUCUGUGGUGGCCCAGCAGAUCCUCUCCAUUCUCUCUGCCUUGGCCGCCAACAUGACCUCCUUCAUCUUUGAGGGCCAUAAGAUCAAGCUGGUGUGGUCCUGUGGCAUCUUCAUCACUAUGAACCCAGGUUACGCCGGACGCACAGAGCUGCCCGACAACCUCAAGUCCAUGUUCCGACCCAUCUCCAUGGUGGUGCCGGACUCCACGCUCAUCGCAGAGAUCAUCCUCUUCGGAGAAGGGUUCAGCAACUGUAAGCUCCUGGCUAAGAAGGUCUACACCCUGUACUCGCUGGCAGUGCAGCAGCUGUCCAAGCAGGACCACUACGACUUUGGCCUGCGGGCGCUGACGUCACUGCUCCGCUAUGCCGGGAAGAAGCGCAGGGUGCACCCCGACAUCAUCGACGAAGAGAUCCUCCUGAUGGCCAUGAAGGACAUGAAUAUCGCCAAGCUCGCCUCGGUCGACGUGCCCCUCUUCAACGGCAUUGUCCAGGACCUCUUCCCGGGCAUCGAGUCGCCGGCCAUUGAUUACGGGAAGCUGAAGGAAGCCAUCGAGCUGGAGCUGAAGGGGAUGGGGCUGCAGGUGAUCCCCUUCACCAUCACCAAGGUUAUCCAGCUCUACGAGACCAAGAACUCCCGCCACUCCACCAUGAUCGUGGGCAACACGGGCAGUGGCAAGACGGUCACCUGGCGCACCCUGCAGGCCACCAUGUCCACCCUGUGCCGGAGUGGGGACGCCGCCUACAACCUCGUCCGGGAAUUCCCCCUGAACCCCAAGGCUGUGUCCCUGGGCGAGCUGUAUGGAGAGUACGACCUCAGCACCGGCGAGUGGACAGAUGGCAUCCUGUCCAGCGUCAUGAGGGCAGCCUGCGCAGACGAGAAGCCCGAUGAGAAGUGGAUCCUGUUUGACGGGCCGGUGGACACCCUGUGGAUUGAGAGCAUGAACUCGGUCAUGGAUGACAACAAAGUCUUGACCCUGAUCAACGGGGAGCGGAUCUCCUUGCCCGAGCAGGUCUCGCUGCUCUUCGAGGUGGAAAACCUAGCGGUGGCCUCGCCCGCCACCGUCUCCCGCUGCGGGAUGGUUUACACGGACUACAGCGACCUGGGCUGGAAACCCUACGUCCACUCCUGGAUCGAGAAGCGCCCCAAGGGGGAGACGGAAGCUCUGCAGCGGAUGUUUGACAAGUUCAUCGACAAGAUGCUGACCUUCAAGAAGGAAAACUGCGAGGAGCUGGUCCCCAUCCCCGAGUACAGUGGGAUCGUGUCACUCUGCAAGCUCUUCUCUGCUUUGGCCACCCCAGAGAACGGGGUGAACCCAGCAGAUGGCGAGAACUACACCACAGUGGUGGAAAUGUACUUCAUCUUCAGCAUGAUCUGGUCUGUGUGCGCGGCGGUGGACGAGGAGGGCAGGAAGAAGAUUGACAGCUACCUGCGAGAGAUGGAAGGCUCCUUCCCUAACAAGGACACCGUCUACGAGUAUUUUGUCGACCCCAAGAGGAAGAACUGGGCCUCGUUUGAGGACAAGCUGCCCAAAAUGUGGAGGUACCCAUCCAACGCCCCCUUCUAUAAGAUCAUCGUCCCCACGGUGGACACGGUGCGCUACAACUACCUGGUGAACGCCCUGGUGUCCAAUCAGAACCCAGUGCUGCUCGUGGGCCCGGUCGGCACCGGGAAGACCUCCAUUGCCCAGAGCGUGCUGCAGUCCCUGGACAACACCAAGUGGGCCGUGCUGACCGUCAACAUGUCGGCACAGACCACAUCCAACAAUGUGCAGAACAUCAUCGAGAGCCGGGUAGAGAAGAGGACCAAGGGGGUCUACGUGCCCAUGGGCGGCAAGAGCAUGAUCACCUUCAUGGAUGAUCUCAACAUGCCGGCCAAGGACGCCUUCGGCUCCCAGCCCCCACUGGAGCUGCUGCGCCUCUGGAUCGACUACGGCUUCUGGUACGACCGCGAGAAGCAAACCAUCAAAUACAUCAAGGACAUGUUCUUGAUGGCAGCCAUGGGCCCCCCGGGGGGCGGCCGAACCGUCAUAUCCGGCCGGCUUCAGAGCAGAUUCAACCUCAUCAACAUGACCUUCCCCACGGAGACGCAGAUCCGGCGCAUCUUCGGCACCAUGCUCAACCAGAAGCUGCAGAACUUCGAGGAGGCGGUGAAGCCGCUUGGGAACGUCACCACCGAGGCCACGGUCGAGCUGUACCAUGCUGUGGUGCAGAAGUUCCUGCCCACGCCCGCCAAGAUCCACUACCUUUUCAACCUGCGCGACAUCUCCAAGGUGUUCCAGGGCAUGCCCAGCCUCACCCGCCUGUGGAUUCACGAGUGCUUCAGGGUCUUCUCCGACCGCCUGGUGGACUCGGCCGACAAGGACUCCUUCGUCGCCCUCCUGAGCGAGAAGCUGGGCUCCUUCUUCGACCUGACCUUCCACAACCUCUGCCCCAGCAAGUGCCCGCCCAUCUUCGGGGACUUCAUGCGGGAGCCGCGGGUGUACGAGGACUUGGUGGACCUGUCGGCCCUGAAGCUGGAGAUGGAGCGGGCGCUGGACGAGUACAACCAGACGCCCGGCGUGGUGCAGAUGCAGCUCGUGCUCUUCAGAGAUGCCAUCGAACACAUUACCCGGAUCGUGCGGGUGAUCGGCCAGCCGCGCGGGAACAUGCUGCUGGUGGGCAUCGGGGGCAGCGGGCGCCAGAGCCUGGCACGCCUGGCCUCCUCCAUCUGCGAGGACCAGACCUUCCAGAUCGAGGUGACCAAGCACUACCGCAAGCAGGAGUUCAGAGAUGACAUCAAGAAGCUGUACCGGCAGGCGGGGGUGGACCUGAAACCCACCACCUUCCUCUUCGUGGACACGCAGAUCAUGGACGACUCCUUCCUGGAGGACAUCAACAACAUCCUGAGCUCCGGGGAGGUGCCCAACCUCUACAAGGCCGACGAGUUUGAGGAGAUCCAGUCCAUGAUCCUUGACGCGGCCCGAGCCGAUGGCAUCCCCGAGACGGCCGACAGCCUCUUUGGGUACCUGAUCGAGAGGGUGCGGAACAACCUGCACGUGGUGGUCUGCCUCAGCCCCAUCGGGGACCCCUUCAGGAACUGGAUCCGUCAGUACCCGGCGCUGGUGAACUGCACCACCAUCGACUGGUUCUCGGAGUGGCCGCGCCAGGCGCUGCUGGAGGUAGCAGAGAAGUACCUUGAGGGCGUGGACCUGGGGAGCCUGCCGGAGAUCCACAAGAAAGUGGCCAGGAUCUUUGUGACCAUGCACUGGUCCGUGGCCUCCUACUCGCAGAAGAUGCUCUUGGAGCUCCGGCGCCAUAACUACGUCACCCCCACCAACUACCUGGAGCUGGUCUCGGGCUACAAGAAGCUCCUGGCGGAGAAGCGCAAGGAGCUCUCGGACCAGGCCAACAAGCUGCGCAACGGGCUCUCCAAGAUCGACGAGACACGCCACAAGGUGGAGGUGAUGUCGCUGGAGCUGGAGGACGCCAAGAAGAAGGUGGCGGAGUUCCAGAAGCAGUGUGAGGAGUACCUGGUCAUCAUCGUGCGGCAGAAGAGAGAGGCUGACGAGCAGCAGAAGACGGUGGGCGCUAACAGCGAGAAGAUCGCCGCGGAGGAGAUCAAGUGCAAGACGCUGGCUGACAACGCGCAGAAGGACCUGGAGGAGGCGCUGCCCGCGCUGGAGGAGGCCAUGAAGGCCCUGGAGUCGCUCAACAAGAAGGACAUGACGGAGAUCAAGUCCUACGGGCGCCCGCCCACGCUGGUGGAGACGGUGAUGCAGGCCGUCAUGAUCCUGCGCGGCAACGAGCCGACCUGGGCUGAAGCCAAGAGGCAGCUGGGAGAGGCCACCUUCAUCAAACAGCUGAUCAACUUCGACAAGGACAACAUCUCGGACAAGGUGCUGAAGAAGAUCAGCGGGUACUGCUCCCAGCCCGACUUCCAGCCUGACAUCAUCGGGCGCGUCUCACUCGCCGCCAAGUCCCUCUGCAUGUGGGUGCGCGCCAUGGAGGUGAGGGGCUGCGGCGCGGGGCUCUCAGCCGGGCUGUCUCCGCAGGGGCUGGAGGAGGACCUGGGCUACGUGGUGGGCGACUGCCUGCUGGCCGCUGCCUUCCUGUCCUACAUGGGGCCCUUCCUGUCCAGCUACCGCGACGAGAUCGUCUCCAGCAUCUGGAUGAAGCAGAUCCGGGAGCUGCAGGUGCCCUGCUCGCCACGGUUCACCUUCGACAGCUUCCUCUGCAACCCCACCAUCGUGCGCACCUGGAACCUGCAGGGGCUGCCCUCCGAUGCCUUCUCCACCGAGAACGGGCUCAUCGUCACCCGCGGCAACCGGUGGCCGCUGAUGAUCGACCCGCAGUGCCAGGCCUCCAAGUGGAUCAAGAACAUGGAAGCUGCCAAGGGCCUGAAGAUCAUCGACCUGCAGAUGGGCGACUACCUGCGGGUGCUGGAGGGCGCCGUGCAGUUCGGCUCGCCCGUGCUGCUGCAGAACGUGCAGGAAGAGCUGGACCCCUCGCUCGCCCCCAUCCUCAACAAGUCCGUCACCAGAAUUGGUGGGCGCCUGUUGCUGCGGCUGGCGGACAAGGAGGUGGAGUACAGCCCCGACUUCCGCUUCUACCUCACCACCAAGCUGUCAAACCCCCACUACACCCCGGAGACCUCCUCCCAGACCACCAUCGUCAACUUCGCCGUCAAGGAGCAGGGCUUGGAGGCCCAGUUGCUGGGCACCGUGGUGCGGAAGGAGCGGCCCGAGCUGGAGGAGCAGAAGGACUCACUCGUGCUCAACAUCGCGGCCGGCAAGAGCAAGCUGAAGGAGCUGGAGGACGAGAUUCUGAGGCUGCUGAACGAAGCCACCGGCUCGCUGCUGGACGACGUGCAACUGGUGAACACCCUGCAGACCUCCAAGGUGACGGCCAACGAGGUGACAGAGCAGCUGGAGACCAGCGAGACCACGGAGAUCAAGAUCGACACCGCCCGCGAGGCCUACAGGCCCUGCGCCCAGAGAGCCUCCAUCCUCUUCUUCGUGCUCAAUGACAUGGGCCGCAUCGACCCCAUGUACCAGUUCUCCCUGGACGCCUACAUCGACCUGUUCAACAUGAGCAUCCACAAGAGCCACCGCAGCGCCAAACUGGAGGAGCGGAUCCGCUACCUGAACGAGUACCACACCUACGCCGUGUACAGGUUCACCUGCCGCGGCCUCUUUGAGCGCCACAAGCUGCUCUUCAGCUUCCAGAUGUGCGCCAAGAUCCUGGAGACCUCGGGCAACCUCAAGAUGGACGAGUACAACUUCUUCCUGCGAGGGGGCGUGGUGCUGGACCGGGAGGGGCAGAUGGACAACCCCUGCAGUGGCUGGCUGGCUGACACCUACUGGGACAACGUCACCGAGCUGGACAAGCUCACCAACUUCCACGGUAUCAUGAACUCCUUCGAGCAGUAUCCGCGGGACUGGCACCUCUGGUACACCAGCGCCAAGCCCGAGAAGGCCCUGCUGCCAGGCGAGUGGGAGAACUCCUGCAACCAGAUGCAGCGGAUGCUGGUGGUGCGGUCCCUGCGGCCGGACCGCGUCGCCUUCUGCGUCACAUUCUUCAUCGUCUCCAACCUGGGCUCCCAGUUCAUCGAGCCGCCCGUGCUCAACAUGAAGUCGGUGGUGGAGGACUCCACGCCCCGGACCCCCCUGAUCUUCGUGCUGUCCCCCGGCGUGGACCCCACCUCCUCGCUGCUGCAGCUGGCUGACCAGUCGGGCAUGGCCCAGCGCUUCCACGCCCUGUCGCUGGGGCAGGGCCAGGCCCCCAUCGCCACCCGCAUGAUCCAGGAGGGGGUCCGGGACGGGAACUGGGUGUUCCUGGCCAACUGCCACCUCUCGCUGUCCUGGAUGCCGCAGCUGGACAAGCUGGUGGAGCAGCUGCAGGUGGAGGAGCCGCACCCGGCCUUCCGCCUCUGGCUCAGCUCCAGCCCCCACCCCGACUUCCCCAUCUCCAUCCUGCAGGCCAGCAUCAAGAUGACCACGGAGCCUCCCACGGGUCUCAAGGCCAACAUGAAGCGCCUGUACCAGCUGGUGACGGAGCCACAGUUCGGGCGCUGCACCAAGCCGGCCAAGUACAAGAAGCUGCUGUUCGCCCUCUGCUUCUUCCACAGCGUCCUGCUGGAGCGCAAGAAAUUCCUGCAGCUCGGCUGGAACGUGGUGUAUGGCUUCAAUGACUCCGACUUCGAGGUGUCGGAGAACCUGCUGAGCCUGUACCUGGAUGAGUAUGAGGAGACGCCCUGGGACGCCCUCAAGUACCUGAUCGCAGGUGUCAACUACGGGGGACACGUGACAGACAGCUGGGACCGGCGCCUGCUCACCACCUACAUCAACGACUACUUCUGCGAGCAGAGCUUGGCUGCGCCCUUCUACAAGCUGUCGGUGCUCGACACCUACUACAUCCCCAAGGACGGGAACCUGGCCUCCUACCGGGAGUUCAUCAGCAUGCUGCCCGGCAUGGACCUGCCUGAGGCCUUCGGCCAGCACCCCAACGCCGACGUGGCCUCCCAGAUCACCGAGGCCAGGACCCUCUUUGAGACCCUACUGUCCCUGCAGCCCCAGAUCACGCCCAGCGGGGCCGCCGGGCAGAGCCGCGAGGACAAGGUCCUGGAGCUGUCGGCCGACGUGCUGAGCAAGAUCCCACAGGAGCUAGACUACAGGGGCACCCAGAAGGUGCUGGCCGACGACCCUUCGCCCCUCAACGUGGUGCUGCUGCAGGAGAUCCAGCGCUACAACGCCCUGCUGCAGGUCAUCAGGUCCUCGCUGGUGGAGCUGGAGAGGGGCAUCCAGGGGCUGGUGGUCAUGUCCACCACCUUGGAAGAGAUCUUCAACUGCAUCUUCGACGCCCGCGUGCCCCCCAUGUGGGAGAGGGCCUACCCCUCGCAGAAGCCGCUGGCCGCCUGGACCCGGGACUUGGGCCAGCGGGUAGAGCAGUUUGCCCGCUGGGCCGAGACGGCGCAUCCUCCCGUGCUCUUCUGGCUCUCCGGCUUCACCUUCCCCACUGGGUUCCUGACGGCCGUGCUGCAGGCAGCAGCCCGCCAGAACAACGUGGGGACCUACGCCUGCCCCUGCUAUUACUACCCAAACCGGACUGGCUCCCCCGGGCGCCCCUCCUUCGUCAUCGGGGUGGAGCUGCGGGCCGGCGCCGCCCCCGCCGACCACUGGAUCAAACGGGGCACCGCCCUACUCAUGAGCCUGGACAGCUGAGCCCCCCCGCAAUAAACCCACCCUUUGGCCGAGCGCCGCGGGGCCUGUGUG